AUGGAAAAGGCACUUGCACGCUACGGUGUCACUCAUCGUCUUUCUACCGCGUACCACCCGCAAACUAGUGGCCAAGUAGAGAAUGCUAACCGAGGGGUGAAGAGAAUCUUAGAGAAAACGGUAGGAAAAAGUAGAAAGGAUUGGUCGGAAAAGCUCGACGACGCUUUGUGGGCAUUCCGUACCGCCUAUAAGACACCGUUAGGCACAACACCCUUUAUGAUCGUGUAUGGCAAAGCUUGCCAUCUUCCGGUAGAAUUAGAGCAUAGGGCGUUGUGGGCAUUAAAAACCGUAAACCUUGACCUUACCGAAGCCGCAAGGAGGAGAUUCUUCCAGAUUCAUGAGUUGGAAGCAUUGAGGGAGGCCGCUUAUGAAAGAUCAUGGAGUAUCAAGGAGAAAACUAAGGCAUUGCAUGAUAGGCGGUUGAGAGGUUUGAAAGAUUUUAAGGUAGGUGAUAAAGUACUUUUGUUCAACUCACGGUUGAAAUUGAUAGCAGGAAAAUUGAAAUCGAGGUGGAGUGGCCCGUAUGUGGUGAAAGAAGUGUUUCCAUACGGCACAGUUGAGCUAUACGAUGAGGUCGACAAAGGUGUGUGGAAGGUAAACGGCCAUAGACUGAAACAUUACUUGGGAGGUCCUAUUGAUACUACUGAAGAGGAAGAAAUUCCUCUAGAGGACCCACCUACCUUUGCCGAACAGUGA